AUGGGUGUGCUACACACGUUAGACUUGGAGAAUUUCAAAUCGUACAAGGGGAAACAAGUGAUUGGUCCGUUCAAAAGAUUCACAGCAAUAAUCGGCCCAAAUGGAUCAGGAAAGUCAAAUCUUAUGGACGCAAUCAGUUUUGUGCUGGGAGAAAAAGCAACGAGUCUUCGUGUUAAAAAGUUGGGAGAUCUCAUUCAUGGAGCACCUGUAGGAAAACCUGUGUCUAACCGUUGUUCUGUAACACUUAACUACAAGGAAGAUGACGGUCGCAUGCGAUCUUUUACUCGUUCGGUUACUAACGCUGGUUCUGAAUUUCGUGUAGACGGAAAGGUUGUCACUGUUCAACAGUAUAACCAUGAAAUGGAGUCAAUUCAAAUUUUUAUCAAGGCUAAAAACUUUCUCGUCUAUCAGGGCCAAAUAGAAUCGAUUGCGAUGAAAAAUCCCAAGGAGCGCACAGCGCUGUUCGAAGAAAUUUCAAGAUCGUGUGAGCUACAAGCUGAGUAUGAUCGGUUGAAAGUAGAACUUCAAAAAGCUGAAGAUGAUGCUCAACAGAACAUGAACAAGCGUAGAGGUAUUGCACAAGAGAAGAGAGAAGCCAAACUUGAGAGAGAUGAAGCCGAAAAGUACCAGCAUAUGAAAGACGACUUGGCUGCCAAACAAAGAUUGCUGUAUUUACUGGAAUUGUUCUAUUGUGAACGUCAUGGGAAGGAAGCCCAAGAUGAUUUAGCCCAGAAGAAAACACAGGUUGAAGAACUUGAAGCUAAAAAGAGUGAGUGCGAUGAACUGGUGAAUGAGAAACAGAAAUUAGUUAAGAAGGCACAACGUGAUACUCAUAAACUAGAGAAGGAAAUCAGCGAUAAGGAAAGAGAAAUAGCUCUUCAACGUCCCUUGUAUGUACAAGUAAAACAGGAAGUACUUCAUGUAAAUACAAAGUUGGAGACGAGCAAGAAAACGCUAAAUGCUGUUCAGAAACUUGCAGAGAAAAAUGAUGAGCAAGUGCAUGUACUGGAAAAUAAUGCCAAAGAACUAGAAAGAAAGAAGGCAGAAUGCGAAGCUGAGCUUGAAUCUCAGAGUCAGGAGCUUGAUUUGCACCUAAACGAGCAACAGAUCAAUGAGUAUAUGCUAUUGAAACGUGAGGUGGGGAAAAAAUCUGGUCUCAUCGAUAUGCAGCUCAAUUCCAAGAGACAAGAGCAGGAGACAGAUAGAAGUUCAAAAGUGAACGAAGAGCGUCGUAUGAAAACAUGGCAGGAGAAAAUCAAGAACAAGAAACAGGAAAUUGAGCGCCUAAGGAAGCAGAUUGAUUAUCUUACCGAAAACGCUGAGCAACAAAAGCUUGUACUUCAUGAAGAGAAGGCGCAUUUGGUGACUAUGGAGAAGCAAGUCAAGGAAAGCAAGGAGAAGCUAGAAAAGGUGUCUGCUGAGCUAUCCGAAGUCAAUAAGCAGCUUUCUGACGCAUCAGGUGACUCUGCAGAAUCUGAGCGUGUGCGACGGCGUAACGAAGCAAUUGAGAAUCUCAAAAGAGUAUUUCCGGAAAAGAUUCAUGGACGUCUCGUGGAUCUGUGUCAACCAAGUCACAAGCGAUUCAACCUGGCUGUAACGAAAGUCUUACAAAAACAUAUGAUGAGCAUUGUUUGCGACUCAGAAGAAACUGCGAGGGAUGCUAUAAUGUAUUUAAAGGAGCAACGUUAUCCCCCAGAAACGUUCCUACCUCAUCACGGCCUUGAUGUCCAUCCAAUCAACGAGAAAUUGCGUGAAUUGUCUCAUCCAAAAGGAGUGAAAUUGGUCUACGAUGUUAUCCAGUGUAAUCAUCCUGCUGCGAGAAAGGCUCUUCAAUUCGCCUGUGGAAAUGCACUUAUUUGUGAAACAGCAGAGGAUGCAAGAACCCUUGCUUACGGUAGUGCUGGAGGUGAUAGGUACAAGGCAGUAGCGCUGGAUGGAACGAUGUUCCAGCAAAGUGGUGUCAUCGGAGGUGGUAGUCAUGAACUUAAAAUGAGAGCUAAGAAAUGGGACGAAAACGCGUUAAGGCAAUUACGUGAGAGACGUGCUCAGCUACAGGACGAAAGCAACACUUUGCACAGGACAAGGCGAAAAGAGCUUGACGUAGAAAUGCAGAGGAAUAAGCUGACGUCUGUCGAGUACCGUCUCAAGAACAUGCAGUUGGAAAGGACAAAAUGUGAAACCGAUACUCUCAACAAACUUACCUUUGAGCUAGAAUCGUUGGAAUCUGAGCUCAGUGUGAUUCCACCCAAAAUCGAGGAAAUUGAGGAGCGCAUGGUAGAAAGGGAAAGAGAAAUCAAAAAGCUUGAAGGAAAGAGUCACGCUGUUGCAGAUGAGGUGUUUGGUUCUUUCUGUAAGAAGGUAGGAAUCAAGAAUAUUCGCGAAUAUGAGGAAAGAGAAAUGAGGUUUCACCAAGAAAGAGUUGAUCGUAUGCGCGAGUUUGACAACGAGCUGGAUCGCGUUCGUAAUGAAAUUGAAUAUUUGCGCUCAGAGGACAAAAAUAAAAAGGUUAAACAGGAGACGGACAAAGUAAAACACCUCGAAAAAGAAUUGGAGACGCUAAAGAAAAAAGAAGCGAAGGAAGGGAAAGUGUUGACGCGUUUGGAGAAAGAGAUGGACGACAUGAAAAUCGCUGCCAUGGAUAGGAAAACUGAGCAAGAAGCUUAUGAAGGAGAACUUGCGGCUGCAAAGAAAGAGGCUCAGGCUGCGCAACGAGAUGUCACCAGUGCUGAAAAAGCAGUGCUGGCACUCGAAAGUGUUGUCAGCAGAAAACAUGCAGAUAGGCAUGCCCUGUUGAAAUCGGCGAAGAUCAACCAAAUCCAGAUUCCACUGACGUCGGGUAGCUUGGCAGAAGUGGACGCUGAGGAUGAGGAAGAAACUGAUGGUUCCCAACCAUCAAACUCCAACAAUCUCUCUCAAGAGCAAAUUGAACGCGAAUUAAUGAUCAAAGUGAACUACCGACAACUGCCUGAAAGCCUGAAGGAGCUCAAAGAUGAAGAAGAAGUUAAAAGACAUGUUGACCGAAUGAACAAGGAAAUAAAUGAUGCUCAAGCGACCUUAUCUCGAUUAAAUGCACCGAAUUUGAAGGCUAGCCAACGGAUGGAGGAGGUAAAAGAGCGUGAAGCGGAAACUACGGAAGAAUGCGAAAUGGCCCGCAAAAAGGCUCGAAAGAUCCGUGGAUACUUUGAGAAAGUGAAGACCGAACGUUACCGCAAAUUUAUGGAGUGCUUUGAACCAGUUAGUCAGAAAAUUGACGAGAUCUAUAAGGCCCUUUCGCGAAAUGCUAGUGCCCAAGCUUUUCUUGGUGCGGAUAAUAUGGAAGAGCCUUAUUUGGAGGGUAUUCAGUACAACUGCGUGGCACCUGGAAAGCGAUUCCGACCCAUGGAUAACCUUUCCGGAGGAGAGAAGACUGUAGCGGCUUUGGCUCUUCUUUUUGCGAUGCACGCUCGCAAUCCAUCUCCGUUUUUUGUACUCGAUGAAAUUGACGCUGCUCUUGACAACACAAAUAUUGGAAAGGUUUCUUCCUUCAUUUGUGAAUCGGCGCGAAAUGACAUGCAGAUCAUCAUCAUUUCGUUGAAAGAAGAGUUCUACAACAAGGCUGAUGCGCUAAUUGGAAUAUAUCCUGAGGCAGCAGCAUGUUCAACCUCCGGUGUCCUCACGUUUGAUUUAACACCGUACAAGCAGACUGAUAUGAGUAUAUAUUGGCUCAAAAAUUUUGUUGGUAUACGUCAAUCGGAUUUUGAGCUGUUACGAGUGCCGACGCCGAGAACGGAAUUCUGCAUUCAUGUCACUAUGAGGAGUAUUCAGACUGGUGCUUUGCUUGGUUCAGUUCUGGCUCCGCUUGCGGCCGUAUGCUUUGACAACAAGGAUAUGAGUUCUAAGAAGCUCACUGAGAAAUUCGUGAAUGGUGGAACAAAUGGUGCUGUAAUUGGAGCAGUUAUGGGUCCAUUCCUGACGUACCUCGCUCUACGCGAUAUGAGUAGCGUGCGGUUGUAUGACAAAUGUUAUCGAUUGAGGUUUGACAAGCAACAACUGUGGCAGCAUCGAGCCUGCGUGGUAUCGGCAGCCCUAGGUUAUUUGAACAACGGAUCAUUGGGAUUUGUUGUAGGAUUAGAUCUUGCCCUACUUGCGAGCAAUAUUUUGGGAAAAAUUUGGUAA